UCCAGUGAAUGUACUCCCUUGAUUCAGGGCUCAUUCGCUGUCUUUCUUCUCGACAUUUUCCUCUAUCCCACGUGGAAACCGUUUUUGUUGGUAGUUCCCACGUAUUGCCCAGCGCUGUCCAUCCGACGAGGCGCAAACCUUCACCGGCACCAGACAACUUGCACAAUUUCAGCCUUCUCCUUUCCGCCCUCUUCUACUACCAUCUGCCAGCAAUCCCACCUCUCCUCCACUGCUCUGGCCCGUCGCAACAUUCAUACAUACCUGCCCACCUAUAAUCUACAGCGCAAUAUCACUCCCGCGCAUGCAUAUGCGCAUGGACGACUUGGAUUGAACGCAGCUCCUUAUGCUGCACCAACCAUCAACACCCGACCCAGUCAACGGUUGCCCACCACACCGCCGCCCGUCAGCUAGUCCAUACUACUCGCCAUAAGCUACUGUACCAUGGAUUACCACAACCAGCCUCACCAGACCCACUUUCCGCCAGCUCACUACCCUCCAACCUAUCAUCAAGACACCGGACCACGACGCUCAAGAUCCCGCUCCUCGUCGAAUACCACUUCCGAAAGUCUUCCUCACUCUACUCACUCUACCACCCACCAGCCACUGAACAACGCCCUCAACAAUGCUUUCGACAAAUCCGAUUCGGCAUCCAGGGUGGACCCCGACCUCAUUGCCCAAAUCACCGCAGAAGUCACCAAAUCCGUCAUGGAGGAGAUCAAGAUGCAGUCGGGGAUAGGUGCCACCAAUCCUGCGCCACCGCAAUCGUUCCCACCUUCCACGACAUCUCUGCCGCCCCGCAACGUGUACACUCCUCCAUCGCCAAAACACGUUGAUCCUUUCACCCACAACUCUCCACCUCCAGAUCCCGUGACUAGGGACGUCCGCGAGUCCAGCUUGGACGCUACCGACGAAACAUCUAUCCCCAGAUACGAGCAAGCUUCCCGAGAGCAAACCGCCCCAAGACCAGUUCCGCCCAGAAUGUCGACCGAGGAAACAUACACACCCAUCGAGAAGAUGUGGCAGCGGCUGUUCGAUCUAUCGGGACAGCCUACAGACCGUUUGAGCCAGUUUUUGCGUGGCCUUGCGGUACAUCUAAUCGAAGAUUAUGAGCCGAAAAACAGUCUUGUCAUUUCGCCAGCCAAGAUGCUAAAGUUCUACAAAGACGUCGAAAUCAGCGAUGAAGUAUAUCCCUGGGCCAAAAUAUUUGGCGAGUUGCCUUACUCGACAUUAUGCAAGAUUUAUCGCGAUCUGCGAUGUCAGCAUCAUCUGAUCCAGGAGCACAACGCAGACCAGCCUCAUAUCCCAGCCCUCACCCCUGAUGGGUUCCGAGAGUGGAUGACGAUAAUGAUUCAAGCGUACCCGAGUAACGAAUACGACCGCCUGUCCAAGGCAGUUCUCGACAUGCCCAUCAGCAACGCAGAUGAUCGUAAAGAGCGAUUCCCCAAAGAGCUCCCUCGUCGCUUGUUCCCUCAGCAGGAGAACUUGCACGCUCAGCAGCGUUGCGCUGCAGCCCUUAGCGCCGAAGGUGUUGGUCCACUUCGAAGAGCUCCUACCUUCCCCCCUCCUCCUCCCAAGGGACAGACUGCUGGUACUACAGCAAGCCUUGAACGAGAGCGUAGCCCAUAUGCCGGACGACCGGACCCUGUGCCUGCAGAGUUCGAUGAGGAUCGGGAAGAACCCCUUUCUAAACCGAUCGAGCGAGAGCGGAAACCAUAUGCGGCCGCCCCAGGUGGAGGCAAAGUCUAUGGCGACGAGCAUAGACAUAGUGUGCCAUCCGAGUCCGCGAUACAUGAGCAACGUCGCCGUACCCAGUCUACUGCCAGCCAGAAUCCAUGGGUCCCGCCACCAAAUAUGUCACAACCUCAACAGCAAGCUCGUGCAGAGCCCCAACCCACCGGUCGCCGUCCUCGCAGUCCCAGCUUCUCGAAUUUCGCGCGAUCUGACCCGAGCGUACGCGAUGUUCCGAAUGCCUAUUACGCCUCAAACGUGUACAACGCCGAAGAAGACAAUAGAAGAUUCGCUAGAGAUGCAGAAAAAAGACGUGAGGAGUGGUCUGGACGUCAUAAUGAUGGACAGCAUGCUCAUCAUAGACGAAGCACAGCUGGCACCGACAGUUCCUAUGAUUCGCAGCCGCGAUCGGUUUACGAUGACGACUACUACAGGAGCGGCAACGGCGGCAGCGGUUAUGAUAACAGAUAUGACUCUCGGCGCUAUUAA